UGUCAAGGGAGGGGGCUCACCCAGGGCUCCUGUAGCUCAAGGGGCAGGCCUGAGCCCUGUACCCGCCCUGAGUCCGUCCAGCCCCCGACGGGGCGCCCCAUCCCCAGGGGCUCCGCACUGGCCCCCACCAAGGCAGGGGACCUGACCGGCUCGGAGCUCGGCUGGAUGUUACAGGCGUGCAAAAUGGAAGGGUUUCCCCUCGUCCCCCCUCAGCCAUCGGAAGAUCUAGUUCCCUAUGACACGGAUCUCUACCAACGCCAAACGCACGAAUAUUACCCCUAUCUCAGCAGUGAUGGAGAGAGCCACAGCGACCAUUACUGGGACUUCCACCCGCACCACAUGCACAGCGAGUUCGAGACCUUCCCCGAGAACCACUUCACGGAGCUGCAGAGCGUGCAGGCCCCGCAGCUGCAGCAGCUCUACCGCCACAUGGAGCUGGAGCAGAUGCACGUGCUCGACACACCCAUGGCGCCCACCCACGCCAGCCUUGGCCACCAGGUCUCCUACCUGCCCCGGAUGUGCCUCCCGUACCCCUCCCUGUCCCCGGCUCAGCCCAGCUCGGAUGAGGAGGAGGGUGAGCGGCAGAGCCCCCCACUGGAGGUGUCUGACGGGGAGACUGAUGGCCUGGAGCCAGGGCCUGGCCUGCUGCACGGGGAGACAGGCAGCAAGAAGAAGAUCCGCCUGUACCAGUUCCUGCUGGACCUGCUGCGCAGUGGCGACAUGAAGGACAGCAUCUGGUGGGUGGACAAGGACAAGGGCACCUUCCAGUUCUCGUCCAAGCACAAGGAGGCGCUGGCGCACCGCUGGGGCAUCCAGAAAGGCAACCGCAAGAAGAUGACCUACCAGAAGAUGGCCCGCGCGCUUCGCAACUACGGCAAGACGGGCGAGGUCAAGAAAGUCAAGAAGAAGCUCACCUACCAGUUCAGUGGGGAGGUGCUGGGCCGCGGGGGCCUGGCCGAGCGGCGCCACCCGCCCCACUGAGCCCAGGCCCGAGCCCGCCGGGCCGCCAGGCCUCCCCUCUGGCCAUAGCAUUAACCCCCCGCCCGGCCGGACACAGGGGGGAAGCUCCCAGGGGCCAGGGGCAGGACUGGGGCGGGCCAGGCCUCGCCUCCCCGCCCACCCCCUCCUCCUCCAAGCCCCGCCCACACCCCUGCUUCGCCUCCCACCAGGACUCCAGCCCCGGCUCCAGAAAGCCACCUGGGCGUCUGGCCCCAGCAAGGGUCAGCUUCCUUAGUACCAGGGGUGCUUCCUUGGGAGUUCGAAGUCAUCGUAUUUGUGUAAAUUGAACCUUCCUCUUUAAGCAUCCCUUUCUCUCCACACCUCUCCCCCAUCAGCUUCCUCAGGAAUACCAGUUAUUAAAGUUAUUCUCAGUGAGUCCU